AUGUGCGAGCUCGUGGACGCCUUCCACAUGUCGUCUCUCUCCAUCGCUCAGGUGACAGCACCACAGACGAGGAAUUCCAAGAGUUCAUGGAAUUUGAAUCUCAUCAAUACAAAUGGAAUGGCCCUGUCACCUCAUGACGGGUACAGCGCCCCGUACCAAAGGAUCCUCGACGAACUGCAUCGCGCCCAAUACAGUGAAAGAGAAAGUAUCAUCCAUGUGGCGCAUCACCUAAUUCUCACCUCCCGGUCCUCUUUUAUCAAAUUUGCCACGCUAUCGCUGCUCGCUACGGUAGUGCUGCUCCUGCCUGUAGCAGGGAACAAGGACGACGGAUACCUGGAUCUCAUUUUGCCGUCUCUUGUGGAGAUGGCAAGGCAAAUUGGGAACUUUGGCGCUGCCUGCUCCCUGAGGAAAUUCAUACUGCGCCGGCAGCAUGAGAAGUCCAAGGAGGAGAAGCCCGGUGAUAGCUUGCGUCGGAAUAUAUUCGAAUACUACAACGAUUGUCAAAGUCUAACAAGAGCCGCCGCUGCUAGUGGAAAAUGUCAACUUCCUUCCGAGUUUUCAUCGGGCCAAAACGCCUUCCCAGUUCUUUCAACCUUCGGCAUAGGCUGGCAGACUCUCUUAGACGGAGUUGCUGACGGUAUAUCCUCCACAGCCGACGGCUUUGGCCGCCCACUCCUCCACGUUAUACUGGAUGAAAUGCCCAGCUCGGACUCUCCACUCUGGGCCUUCAGUCAGUCCAACGAUCAAAGACUUCAAGGGCUCUACAAGCGGAGUGGUGUAAACACUCAGGACGCCCUUGGACGCACAGCUCUGCAUAUAGCUUGUUCAAAGGGUCUCGAUUCCGCCGCUCGCUCACUUGCUCAAGCUGGUGCGAGCUUCGACUUGAGUGACUCCAUCGGCAGGAUUCCACUUCACUGGGCCCUCCUCGAGCGCUGCGGCAAGGCCUUGGAAUCGUUUUGCGAAACGGAGAACCGACAAUGCCUCCUACAUCGGGCUGAUUCGACCUCUUCAACGCCGUUAUCAUUGGUCUUAACGCUAUGUGAAUUGGGGGACGACUUUUCGAUGGAGGCUUCGUCAAGGUUGCAUAAUCUUUGGUGUACCCACAGGAGAGGCAGCUGUAAAGAGCAUGAAGGAUGGGGUCUUUUGCACCUCUCCGCCAUUCAAAAUCGCAGUACGGCAGCUACGUGGUUGCUUGAUGCCCACUUUCGUCCCUUCGACUGCUAUAGCAAGUCUGGCCGAACUCCACUAUCCCUUGCCGCGGAGAGAGGACACGUCGAGGUUUUGCAGGUAUUUCUCCAAACCACCGAAGUGGACCCAGAUUCUCAAGACAACUCUGGCAGGACGCCAUUGUCAUGGGCAGCAGAGAACGGACACGAGGAGGUCAUCCGAGUGCUUUUAGGCAGGUCACGUCAACCUACUCUCCACCCUGUUGACCCUGACAGGAAGGAUGAAUUUGGGCGCACGCCUCUGUAUUAUGCAGUCUCUCGCCGUCGGCUGAAUGCGGUGAUUCUCCUUCUGGCCACAAACAACGUGGAUCCGCUAUCGGAAACAAAUGAAGGAGAGACACCCUUCUCCAAGGCUGAAGCUUUGGAGGAUCUGUUGGUUGUGGAUGCCCUUCACGGAGCCCUUAGGGCUAAACCCUCUAGGACUCACGCUCUGUACUCGGCAAGCGAACGGAAAUCCCCCGGUGGAUUCUUCACUGGGUUUGUUAGAGGAAACGACGAAAAUUGGAAUGCCACCGAAGCCACCGGCGAUGACGCUCUCCAGAAGUGCAAAAUGAAAGGUAUUUCCGACUUUAGGCGCUUUGAACGAACCAAGUGA